UGUUGUACACUGACAAAGUGACAGUUGAGUUGUCGUUCUUCUGCGUUGAAUAUGGAGCUUCCUGCUGCACUCACGAAGCCUCGGUGGACAGCUCGCGACUCGUUGUGUCUGGGUCUCGCAGCGUUUGUGGCGCUCAAUGUGCUCAUGUGUCUGUGGGUAGCAGUGACGUCCAUGUCGACAGCUCGACGUCAAGCUACUGCAGUUUUUUUCGCGUUGGAAAAUGCCUCAGCAAUCUCAUUUAAUCUGACGAUGCAGAUGAAUGAAAGUUCUAUGGAGCGACUUAAUGUUACCGGAACACUAUGGCCUCGUCUCUCGGAAUGCUCACACAGACUCCGUUUCGAUGGACGCAUGGUGGUAAAUGAUAGCGAGGUGUUUGUGCUGAUGAAUCAUCGAGGAUACCGCCGGCCGCUGGGCACAAGCAAUGCGAACGCAACGUGUUUAACGACACUGGAUAUCCCACCGCUGCAUACGCUGAAGGACACCGUACACAGCGCGUUUCGACCGGAGCUCUAUUCAGAGUUUUACGUGAAUUGCAAGCCGUUGCAGUUUGAGUUUUACGAUACGCCGUUCGUGGUUUGUGCUGAGGAUUGGCUUCGGGCGAGGCUGAAGAUGGCGUCACCUUCAAAUCCGUUGCCUAGCAGCGAUCAACAAGCAACAGAUCCGGCGCUAGUCAUUCACGGCAAGCAGUCGACGUUGGAGCUAACGGUGGCGUCGGGCUCAGCAGAUAUUUUAGUUGAUAUCGACCAACCGAUUGGAAUGCUGGAUUACUGCGAGUAUCUUGAGGCACCUAUGACGUCGGGUGAAGCGUGCUCGAUCCGGCCGACGCGAUGCCUCGAUCCACACAUCGAUGCUUGCUCGAAGAGAGAGGAUUCAUGAGACGUACAGAGAGAUAUGACAAGGCGGACAAGUGCAAGUGACGUAGUGUAACAGGAUGAGAAAUGUAAGUUGUUGAGAUG